UCAGAUCGUUCCUAGUAACUGGAAUUCUAGUUAAACUAAUCAGUAAUGAGUGUAUGUAUUAUCGGUGCCGGAACCGCAGGACUUAGCUCUGCGCGACACGCCAAACAACAUGGUUUGAAUCCAACUAUCUUUGAACUGUCGGACAAAAUUGGAGGAACUUGGGUGUACAAUGAGAAGACAGGAAGCGUUAAUGGCAUCGAUAUACAUAGCAGCAUGUAUACCAACUUGCGCACCAAUCUGCCCAAGGAAAUUAUGGGGUUUCCGGACUAUGAAAUUGGCGAGAACGAAAAGUCCUAUAUAAAAUCAGAGGAAAUUCUUGAUUUUUUAAACCAGUUUGCAGAUCAUUUUGAAUUAAGAAAUCAUGUUCGAUUCAAUUCCUAUGUUAUUCGAGUCUUGAAAAAACGUAAAAAAUGGCAGGUGCUGGUUAAAAAUGUUGUAACUAAUCAAAUGGAAUGCCAAUAUUUUGAUUAUGUAAUGGUGGCAAACGGUCACUAUCAUACGCCAAAUUAUGUUCAACUUAAGAACGGUCACCUAUUUCAGGGAGAAUAUUUGCAUAGCCAUGACUUCAGACAUAAUGGACGAUUUAAAGAUAAGACUGUCUUAGUUAUUGGUGCAGGGCCAAGCGGUUUAGACUUGUCCAAUAUUAUAUCGAAAGCAGCAAAAAGAGUAUUUCUUAGUCAUCAUUUAGAGGCUAUUGAAAAUACAAAGUUUUUUGAAAAUGUUAGCCAAAAACCAGAUGUAAGAGAGUUGGAUGAAGCUGGAGGCUUUUUUGUCGAUGGAUCAUAUGAAGAAUUUGACACAAUAUUUUUCUGCACUGGCUAUAAAUAUGCUUUCCCCUUCUUAACUGUCAACUCUGGAAUAUUUGUUGAAGACAAUUGUGUCCAGGUCCUUUACAAACAAUGCCUAAAUGCAAAGUAUCCUUCAAUGGCCCUCAUUGGAUUGCCAUUUUAUGUGUGCGCCGCCCAAAUGAUGGACUUGCAAGCUCGAUUCGUCCUAAGCUAUUUCACUGGCAAGAACGAAUUGCCAUCUACUGAAGAUAUGAGAUUGGAAACGGCAAAAAGCAUGCAGACUCUCUGGGAAAAAGGCUACAGAAAAAGACAGGCUCACAUGCUUGGAGUUGAUCAGAUUAAUUAUUUCACUGACCUGGCGGAGACGGCUAAAGUUAAAAAUAUUCGUCCCGUAAUGGCCAAAUUACAUAACGAAAGUAGUAAUCACUUUAAAAAGAGCCUUUUAAACUUUCGCGAGAAUAUCUUCAAGAUUGUUGACGACGAAACAUUUGUCCAAGUUAAUUAAUUUACUUUAUGCUUUUGUUCUUGCCUCUAUACUAAUUUCGUUACCAUAUUUGUAAAUCUUUUCAGAAGUAUAUGCUUAAUCAAUU